CCCUCAGAUUUGUCUCUGUCCCCUCGUUCCGGCAAGUAAUCGGAGCCCUAUCACUUCAACGGCUGUCUGCAACCCACCUGCACCCAUCCGCCAAAAAACCCGUCGCUCCUCACGGUUCCCGUGAACCGAGAACCAAUAAAGUCUUCUAUUGAUACUGUAGUCCCCCGCACUUCGAGGAUCCUUCCAUCGCCUCCCAAAUGGCUUCUCUCCGCACUCUCCACUCUUCUGUCCCCAAAAACAACCCCGAAAUCCUCCUUCUCCGCCUCCCUUCCUGCCGCCUCUUCCCACAAAUGGCGAGACCCCGCUGCCCUCUCCGCUUGCGCUCUCGUCGCCUGUCUUGCCGCCGCAGCAGCAGCGGCCCCUCAGUUGAAAGGAUAGAGGAGGAGAAGCGCAAGGCCUCCGGGAAGCGCCGGAAGGUCCGUAUGCGGGUGCAGCUCGACCACCAGGUCGAGUUCGGGGAGCACGUUGCUGUCCUCGGUUCCACAAAAGAGCUCGGGUUGUGGAAGAGGCAGGUCCCGAUGGAUUGGACGCCGGAGGGGUGGGUCUGCGAGCUCGAGCUUUGCGGUGGAGAAGUGCUCGAGUAUAAAUUUGUGAUUUUGAGGAAAGGGAAGAUGGGUAUGAUAUGGGAGGAUGGAGAUAACCGGGUUUUAAAGCUCCCUGAGGAAGGGAUGUUUGAUAUGGUCUGUCGCUGGAACAAGACUGGCGAGGCUGUUGAUCUUUUGGGAGCUGAUAUUGAUGAUGAGAAGGUUGAAGAAUUGGAGAGUGAAGAUGGUGGAGAUGCAACUGCAAGUGACGAUGGUGGCUUUGUUUCGAAACGAAAGCCCAGCCCUUUUGUUGAGCACUGGCAAGGAAGGGCAGCUUCAUUCAUGAGGUCUAAUGAGCACAAGAGCAGGGAGACUGAGAGGACAUGGGACACUGAUGGGCUUGAUGGUGUGGUGUUGAAGUUGGUGGAGGGUGAUCGGGUCGCCAGGAAUUGGUGGCGCAAGCUGGAGGUUGUGCGUGAACUACUGAUGGAAAAUAUUAAAGGAGACUGCCUAGAAGCCCUCAUAUAUUUUGCUAUAUACCUGAAGUGGAUCAACAUGGGUCAGAUACCCUGCUUUGAAGAUGGAGGUCAUCACCGGCCAAACAGACAUGCUGAAAUUUCUAGGCUCAUAUUUUGUGAGCUUGAGCGGAUAUACUAUGGGAAAAAUACGUCACCUCAGGAUUUACUUGUGAUCCAGAAAAUUCACCCUUGCUUGCCUUCAUUCAAAGCAGAGUUUACUGCUUCUGUUCCUCUAACGCGAAUUCGUGAUAUUGCUCACCGCAGUGAUAUUCCUCACAAUCUGAAGCAAGAAAUUAAACAUACAAUACAAAACAAGCUUCACCGAAAUGCUGGUCCUGAAGACUUGGUUGCUACAGAAGCCAUGCUUGCUAAGAUUACCAAGACUCCUGGAGAAUACAGUGAAGCAUUUAUUGAACAGUUCAAAAUAUUUCAUCAUGAACUUAAAGAUUUUUUCAAUGCUGGGAGCCUUACUGAACAGCUGGAGUCAAUCAAAGAAUCUUUGGAUGAGCAAAAGUUACAAGCUGUUGCCUUGAUUUUGGAAUGCAAAAAGAGUUUGGAGAAGCUGGAGGAAGCAGAUAAUUUCUCUGGAAGUAGUGGGGUUGAAUUGUUAAUGAGAACCCUGCAAUCUUUGACUACUGUAAGGUCACAAAUCGUGAAAGGUCUUGAAAGUGGUCUUAGAAAUGAUGCUCCUGAUGCUGCUAUAGCAAUGCGUCAAAAGUGGCGUCUAUGCGAAAUUGGCCUAGAGGAUUACUCAUUUGUUCUUUUGAGCAGAUUCCUUAAUGCUCUUGAAGCUUUGGGAGGGUCAUCUUGGCUUGCACAAAAUGUAGGGUUAAAAAGCAUCAGUUGUUGGAAUCAUCCUCUUGGUGCCCUUAUCAUUGGCAUUCGCCAGAUUGGCCUUUCUGGGUGGAAAUUAGAAGAGUGCACUGCUAUAGAGAGUGAGCUUUUCUCAUGGCUACACAAGGGUUUACAUGAAAGAGAAGGCAAUGAAGAUGGAAAAUAUAUAUGGGCUCUAAGGCUCAAGGCUACUCUUGACAGAGCAAGGAGGUUAACAGAAGAAUAUUCUGAUGCACUUAUUCAGAUUUUUCCUGACAGAGUCCAGAAACUAGGGAAAUCCCUUGGAAUCCCAGAGAACAGUGUAAGGACAUACACUGAAGCAGAAAUUCGUGCAGGUGUUAUUUUUCAGGUUUCAAAACUCUGUACUCUUCUUUUAAAAGCCAUACGGAUGGCAUUGGGAUCUUCGGGCUGGGAUGUUCUUGUCCCUGGGAUGGCUAAUGGUACACUUCUACAGGUAGAAAGCAUUGUUCCAGGUUCUUUGCCUUCAUCUAUUAAAGGACCUGUUAUCCUUGUAGUAAAUAAAGCGGAUGGAGAUGAAGAGGUUAAGGCUGCUGGAGAUAACAUUGUGGGGGUUGUACUUCUACAAGAGCUACCACACCUUUCACAUCUUGGUGUUAGGGCCCGACAAGAGAAGGUGAUUCUUGUGACGUGUGAAGAUGAUGAUAAAAUUGCUGAUAUUCAAAUGCUUGAAGGGAAAUAUGUGAGGUUGGAAGCGUCAGCUUCUCAUGUUCAUUUAUGUUCCUCAUCAUCUAGAGGUAUCAGAGAGGCUUUACCUCAAAAUGUAUCAAGUAGUGGAGCUUCACCCGAGGAGGAAUUCACAGAAUUACUUUCUUCUUUGCCUGCUGCUGGUGCAACUUACUCGAGUAAGCUAAAUGUAUAUUCCUAUAGUAGAAGUACUACUACUGAUGUUCUACAGCUUUCACAAGCAACUACUGGAUCAUCCGGUGCUAAAGCUGCUGCAUGUGGUCAGCUUGCGAGUCUAGCAGCAUUUUCUGAGAAAG